UCUCCCCACGAUAUGCUGGAGUGGAGAUGAUGGGGUAUGUUGCUUGUGUGUGGAGAAGAAAAGUGUGGGGAGAUGUUGGAACUCACUCAGCAUAUGCUUACUCGAAACCGCAGAGGAACAGCCGCGGCAAUUCAGCAGGGGAAAAAAAAGGCUGGGCAAUCAAUCAGCAUCCAUCAGCAACAACAACAACUACUACUGCUACUACAACUACCACCUCGCUCCCCCCCUUGAGCUGAGAAAAAAAACCAUGCCUCCAACCCCCCUCCUCCAUCUUCCCCCUUGAGAACAGCAAUCUCUGAUCAAAAGAUAAAAAAAUGUCUCCCAACCCACCACAAAAAGAAACCUUUGGCAACCUCGGUCCUUGGGCCGAACCAUCCUGGUACAGCUCCCUCGCGUCGCCCUACUACACGGCAUCGCACAAGCACCUCCGCAACAGCAUCCGCGCCUACAUCGAUGCCGCGGUGAAACCUCACAUGCUGGAAUGGGAGGAAGCCGGCGAAGCCCCGCGGGAAGCGCGACUCGACUACGCGCGCUCGGGCUACGCCUUCGCCGACGUGCCCGCCGCGUACCGUCCCAAGCAUGUGCCGGGCCCCGCGGGCAUCCCCGUCGCGGAGCUGGAUCUGUUCCACUUGAUGAUCAUGACGGACGAGGCGAGUCGGGUCGAGGGCGGGGUGCAGACGGCGCUCACGGGGGGGAGUGUGAUUGGGGUGCCGCCGAUCGUGGCGCAUGGGACUGAGGAGCAGAAGAGGAGGUGGUUGCCGGGGUUGUUUACGUGGGAGACGAGUGUUGCGUUGGCGGUUACGGAGCCGAGUGGUGGUUCCGAUGUCGCCAACAUCCAAACCACGGCCGUCAAGUCUGAAGACGGCUCCCACUACAUUGUAAACGGCUACAAGAAAUGGAUCACCGGCAUGCCGUGGGCAACGCACAUGACGACCGCCGUGCGCACCGGCGGCCCAGGCAUGUCCGGAAUCUCGGUGCUCGUGAUCGCCACGUCCAGCAAAGGCCUCACGCACCGCCGCAUCGCCAACAGCGGCCAGAAAUCCGGCGGCGCGAGCUUCGUCGAGCUCGACAACGUCGCCGUACCUGUUUCCAACCUCCUCGGCGCAGAAAACCGCGGCUUCCCCAUCAUCAUGAAGAACUUCAACAAAGAGCGCUUCAUCAUGUCCAUUGGCUGUAACCGCAAAGCGCGGACGUGCCUCUCGUCGUCGUUCGAGUACGCGAGCGCCAGAGUCACGUUUGGGAAACCCCUGAUUGCGAAUCAGAUCAUCAGCCACAAGCUUGCCACCAUUGGCCGCUAUGUCGAGAGCCAUUGGGCCUGGCUCGAGCAGAUUGCGUACCAUAUCCAGCAGAGCUCGCUCGCGUGGCAGGACCCGGAUAUCGCGGGCCAGAUUGCGCUCGCAAAAGUGCACGGUGGCAGGCUUCUGGAGAUGGCGAAUCGAGAGGCGCAGCAGAUUUUCGGCGGCGCUGGGUAUCAGAAGGGAGGGGGGCCUGGCGCUGUUGUCGAGCAGAUGAGUCGCGAUUUGAGGAUGAUGGUCGUCGGCGGCGGAAGCGAAGAAAUCAUCGCAGAUCUAGCUGUCCGGCAAGAAACUCUCCUCGCCAAGAAGCGCGGUUGGAAAUUGUAA